UUGAUAUCAGUCUUGAAUUUGCGUUUAUCAUAGCUUAACCUAGUCUCCACUGCCGUCAGCCAAAAAGCUUCAGUCAAAAUGUUCAAACUGGUUGUCAUCUCUGCCGUGCUCGCACUGGCCGCCGCCCAAAACCCUGAUGCCGAGGCCCAGGUCCUGACCCAGGACUCCGUCGUCAACCCGGACGGUUCCUACCAAUACCGGUACGAAACGAGCAACGGUAUCGCGGCUCAGGAGAGCGGCGUCGGUGGUCAAACGGCUACCGGUAGCUACUCGUACACCGGUCCCGAUGGUGUCCUGUAUACCGUGAACUACGUUGCCGACGAGAACGGUUUCCAGCCACAGGGAGCUCAUCUGCCCGUGGACCUUCCGGCUCCGGAACACGUUCUGCGCACUCUGGAGCAGAUCCGUGCCAACCCACCUCAGGAUGACCCUAACUUCAGUCUGGACGCUUUGAACGCUGCCAUCGCCCGGCUGAGCGGAAAGAAAUAAGAGAACCAGCCAACU